GAGCUCUAAACUCUGACUCUAUACUUUAGGUUCUUUUUUCUCUCCCUGCCCUUUACGUUUUCUUUUAUUUCUCUCUAUUCUCAAAUCUUUCCACGCAGAGAGAGAAAGAAGCAGAGAGAGAAUGACAAUGGCGGUGCCUCAGAAAUGGGUUUGUGUGUUUUCUGCUGUGAUUGUAUUGUUGUUCGUUGGUGUCGUGGCUACUUCAAGACCCGAUGUUGUUGGGAUCUCUGCUCUUACCAGGAAUGUAGAAGCAGAGAAGGAACAGAGCUCAAGCAACUCAACAAUGGCGGCCAGGUCUCAAGAAGAGGCUGAUGCAUUUAAUGAGAAAGCAGUUGCUGCUGAUCCUGAAGAGGUGGUUUCAAUGGUAGAGAUGAACAUCCGCAACAGUACUGAAAGGAGGAGGUUAGGCUACUUCUCUUGUGGAACAGGCAAUCCUAUUGAUGAUUGCUGGCGUUGUGACCCCAACUGGCACAAGAACCGCAAGCGCCUUGCUGACUGUGGCAUUGGUUUUGGCAGAAAUGCCAUCGGUGGCCGUGAUGGUCGCUUCUAUGUUGUUACUGAUUCUAGUGACCAUGACCCUGUGAACCCAAGGCCUGGAACUUUGCGCCAUGCCGUGAUCCAGGACGCUCCUCUAUGGAUCGUGUUCAAAAGGGACAUGGUGAUUCAAUUGAAGCAGGAACUUAUCAUGAACAGCUUUAAGACCAUAGAUGGCCGUGGGGUCAAUGUUCACAUUGCUAAUGGUGGGUGCAUCACUAUCCAAUUUGUUACCAAUGUGAUCAUUCAUGGUCUACACAUCCAUGACUGCAAACCCACUGGCAAUGCUAUGGUGCGUAGCUCACCAUCUCAUUACGGAUGGAGGACAAUGGCUGAUGGUGAUGCCAUCUCUAUUUUUGGAUCAAGUCACAUUUGGGUGGAUCACAAUUCCCUUUCUAACUGUGCUGACGGCCUGGUUGAUGCUGUUAUGGGUUCGACUGCCAUCACCGUCUCCAACAAUCACUUCACCCACCAUAAUGAGGUAAUGCUCCUGGGCCACAGUGACUCUUAUACCAGAGACAAGCAAAUGCAAGUGACCAUUGCGUACAACCAUUUUGGAGAGGGACUGAUCCAGAGAAUGCCAAGGUGUAGACAUGGGUACUUCCAUGUGGUAAACAAUGACUACACUCACUGGGAAAUGUAUGCCAUCGGUGGCAGUGCAGAACCCACCAUCAACAGCCAGGGCAACAGAUAUAAUGCUCCAGCCAACCCUUUUGCAAAGGAGGUGACAAAGAGGGUGGAUACAGCUCCAGGCAAAUGGAAAAGCUGGAAUUGGAGGUCAGAAGGAGACCUGUUGGCGAAUGGAGCUUACUUCACUCCAUCCGGGGCUGGAGCUUCAGCUAGCUAUGCUCGCGCUUCAAGCUUGGGUGCCAAGUCUUCUUCCAUGGUCGGAGCAAUGACUGCUAAUUCCGGUGUUCUUGGCUGCCGCAGGGGCCAUCAGUGCUAGUCUUUUCAGUCAAAUUUAAGUGGUCAAAAAGAGGCCACUUGGUUUUCUCUCUUUUUUUUUCCUUUAAUUUUUUCUUACAACUAUAUAGUCCUGCUACUUCUGCCUGUUACUCGUGUCUCAGCCAUUGUUUCAGUCAUAUCUAUCUGCAUUCAUCACAUAUAUUGGCAAGUGUACAAUUUUUACACAUGUCAUACCUAUACCAUCUCGGCAUCUCCAUUCCAGUUUGUCUCUGUUAUUUCUCAACCUCGGCCUGCUUCAGAUGAAAACCAACACCUUAUACCAUUAUCCAGAAGAGCAGGCGCGGAAGCGUUGUUCAUUUUAUUUCUUUCACCUCUUUCCUUCCAUUUCUUUUGCCCUUCCCAGUUUCACAUCUCCUUUACUUCUAGCUACCAGUCAUGCAUCUAUAUCUACAGUGUCAGUCUUGUUCGAUCUCCACAUACUGUCUAGGCUUUUGAGUCUAUAGGAUUUGAAUGAUUUGUGAUCUUUCUUUCUUUCUUUCCUUUCCUUUUUUUUUUUAAUUUUAUCUGUCUAGUGAUACAAGCAAGCAGUACCAUGGAUUUCAAAUCUGAGUCGAUGGAAAAACUUUGUUACAGAGUGCAAAGAAAUAGCAAUGAAGUUCUUUACCUCUUA